AUGUCGCAACGAUCAAACAGACCGCACGCGCAGGACUACAUUGCGAGAAUUCGCUACAAUAACAGCCUUCCGCCGCCGCCAUGCCCACCGAAAAUGCUCAACAUCCCCAAUUCCUCCUUGGCAAUGUACUGCGACCCGAGCUUUACCUCCAAGCUUGCCAGAGCUGAAGGCGUGAACGUGGAGAUCGACUCUGAGCUGGGAAUGCCGUUGGAUCUAGUCCACGUACCGAAGAUUUUCGAUGGGGAUCACAGUGCAAUUCUCGCACUCGAUCCCGUCCCUCCGAUCGAUCCGAAAGACCGCUUACUAAUGCGUCCUGCUACUGCUUUGGGCAAAACGAAUGCUCGCGCGACUGGCUCUGCUGGAAACGUCUCUUUCCUGCGCCGCACGGAGUAUAUUUCUGCCGAACAAUCCAGAUCGACCUUUAAAUCUGGGGGAAACACGGAACGUUUACUGGCUGCGUCUCGCGCUAAGCGCGCUUCUCGCCCCGAAGACAACGACCCUGUUCGUAUCCUAGAGGCCGUCCUCAAAGGUUUCGAUGUGGCAAACCCGGAGACAGCGGGACAGGGACACAACGGCUUGGAUGCUCUCGCGGUGAGGGACGUUGCCGCAGCAAAUGCGGAGAGAAAUUGGAAAGAACUUAAACAUCCUAGCAAACUCAACCUUCGCGCUGUGGAGACGUACCCACUUCUUCCGGACUUUCAGGCCACUAGCGAUAACGGCGGUUACAUGGUAUUCAAGUUUAUGGGUAGUCCGGUGGUACCGGGUGAAAAACGUGAUACUAGAUUGGACGUGGGCCUUUUGAAGCCAAAAGAUAAACCCCUCGAUGAUGAUGGUAAUCCCGUUGGCCAGGAUGUAUUCGAUUACUACAUACCAGCUUCAGAAUCUAUCGCCAACAAAGUCAAGGCUAAAUUCGCUGCCUAUGCCGAGGAUGAAGACGAAGAGGAUGGCAGGGAAGAUAGCGAGGAGUUCAGAUAUGAUUUCGUCCGAGAGUACGAAACUAAAGCUCAUAAGCGCUACCCUCCGGAUGUCCUUGAGGAAGCGGCAUUAUUGAUAAAUAAGGGUGACGAUGAAAAGCCCAAAGGCGCCCACUUCUACCCCGUUCUUACCCGCUAUACAAUUCGCCCCCGUAGAAAGAACAAAUACCCUCCUGGGAUGCCGUUUCGGCAUGAUGAGGAGAGUGAGGAUGAUGGAGAGAAGCCGCCAGAGGUUAUGAACCUUAAGGUCAGGGCGCUCAACGAAGUCGAGAGACAGCGUCACGAAGAUGUAAAGCAUCGCUGGGACAACAAGCCGGAAGGGGGAGGGGAGGAGUGAUUCCAUUUACUCUAGUUGUAGGCUCUGAAGCAGUAAAGGCCAUAAGUCUUGAACGAACCCUAGUGGUUUAGGGGUGAUGAGCGUUUUAUCUCUUGCUGACAACCUUUUUUUCUUCUCCUUUUCCAUCUUUCCUUUUCUCUUUGCUUUAACUUUAUGGUUUCUAGAUGUUAGUGUUCUCUUUGCCUUUUAUGAUGGCAUUGUACGAUAGUUAUGGCAUUAUUAUCAUGGAAAUUUC